UCCUUGGGCUGUUCUUCGGAUCGACGCCCUUGGUUAAGAUAAAGCUUGCUAUUGUACUAGGUCGCCACUGUCCUGAAUAAAACCCCUUGCAUGAAUGCAUGAAAAGCGGGCGCACCCAGGGCGCCGUAUUACGGGAUUGGGACUGCGCCUCUGGCUCCAUCUCUCUCCACUACUGUAAUUCUACACCGCGCUCCGUGCAAGCCAGCGGACGCAGGCAGGGGAACGACAGAAAGAAAGAAAGAAAGCAGCAGGAGAAAGGGGGAGACGUCGCCAAUCAUGGAUUCUUCCCCUGGCAUAUGGAUGGCUUUUCUUAAAGCGAUUUUUAAGCAGAUCGGCCCUUGACACGAUUGUAUUUUAUCAAGCGAUGGAUCCAAUGGUGUUUGGAUGAGCCCAACUGUCAUCUUCAGGAAAACAGAACUGACCCUGAGGAGCUUUGUUUCCAAGAAGAAUUCGCAAUGUCCUUGUCGACGGCGUUGGCAAAGGCGUUGUUUGACAAUGCAGCUGAGAGCCCAGAGGAGCUGGCAUUUCGGAAGGGCGACAUCCUGAUGGUGCUGGACCAGGAGGGGGGGGGACCAGGAUGGUGGCUGUGCUCCCUGCAUGGCAGACAGGGGAUAGCCCCCGCCAACCGGCUCCGCCUCCUCAACACCUCCCAGCCUUGCUCCAGUGCCUCUGCUGAAACUUCCACCCCCGCCUCCUGCCCCACGGUGACCCGCCCUCAUGGUGAGGAAUCCGUGUACCUCUCACCUGGCCCACAUCCUCGGCCCACCCCUAUGGAUUCCACUAAGGGGCCCAGGCUUGGUGAGGAAGUGGUCUAUCAGUCACCUCCCGCACUAAGUGGGCCAGCUGCAGCUGCAUUGCGCCGUGGAGAGGGCCGGCCCAGGUCCCGCUCCAGUUCUGGCACGCGUCCACGACCCGAAUGGGAUGUGUGCGCCACAGGACGAGCCCGCUCCCCGUCGCUUCGAGGACGGGGAUCAGAAUCGGGAAGUCCCAAACAGCAGGUCCUUUACCAGACCCCCACAGCACACAGGCUGCAGGGAGGGCUCGCACCCGAGGCUGUGUACCUCAGCCCCUGUGGUGUCCCGAGGGCAACCACAGAGGGAUCUGCGGUGGAGCUGGGGGGUUCGGAGGCAAUGUACCACAUCCCGCGGGAAGCUGUGGUGGCUGUGGGUAACUCCGAUGGCUGCUACCUGGUGCCUCGCGUGAGUGUUCCGCCUAGUGAUGUGUACCAGACCCCGACGGGUGGUGCAGUGCUGGACCCCCCCCAGGGUGGUCUUGUGUCUGCUGCAGCCAGGAGGGGGAGUGGCCAGCUGUCACUCUGCAGUGGGACUGCCCUCACUACACAGACCAAACUACCACAGGAAGCAGGAGGCUUGUAUCAGACCCCCACCCUGGUAGGGGGUCUGCCCAAAACGCCUCAAAAUGGACGCAAGCUCCCUGGGGACAAUACAGCGACUCCUGCGCCUGUUGCCACUGGACUGGCACAGCAAAGACUCAUGCCCUUCACUGGAGAGGGGUCCCCCAGGGCACAGCCUAAGGUCCUACACAAAAUGCCAGGGGGGCAAAGUUUGCCCUCCACCCCUCCCAGUGCCCGAGGCAGGUUGCCUCAGACCCCCCCAAGGAGCUCUCCAGUCUUGCCCAGGACAGCUGUAGCCAGGGUCCAAGGCUCUCCCAACUUUGCCCGCAAACCACCUCCCCCUGCACCCCCGGUUAGGGGUGUUACCAGGAAGGACACUCCUCAGUCUCAUUCUGCUCCGCAGCAGGGUAAGCAGGGGGAGGGGCCGCGUCAGGUCGUCCCAAACAAGCCGGAGGGGCGGAGGGAUGAAAAGGCGAAUGAGGAGAGCGAUACGAAAAAGAUAAACCUGAAUAUAAAGAGGGACCGUGAAGAAGGAGAGUAUGAGGAGCCAGACGACGAGAACCUUCACAACCAGGUGUAUGACACUCCUCCUGCAAGCCGGUGGCAGCACGCCGUUCCUGCGGCACUCCCUGAAAACGACGACAGCAUCUACAACACCCCCCGCAUGCUCCCCCCUCACGGCAACCAGGGAUCAGAGGUUUACGAUGUUCCCACCCUUAAUCUGUCUGUGACCCCUGACCUCCAGCAGCCCACUUACAAUAUCCCAGCAAGCCUUGUGGCUCCACCUGAGCCCGAUGACGACGUCUACAGUGUGCCUACCCUCCCGGGCCUUUCGGCAACACCGAGUGAGGUUCCUGAUGGCCCGGGAUAUGAGCUGCAGAGUCUUGAGGUUUACUGUGUUCCUGGGCCAGGGAAACGCAUCCCCGAUGCCCCGACAGAUGGGGCUCCCUGUCCGGAGGUCCCCACCGAGGGGUCUGAUCGAGACUGUGGAAUUUACGACAUGCCUGCCCUAAGCCUCGACAUCCCCAUGUCGGCGACCCGCCGGGCUUCUGUGUCCAGCACGGGCUCUUGUGAAGUACAAGGGAGGGCCUCUCUCUCGGCCCUCAUCCAGUCAGCUCUGGGUUGCGCCUCCCCCUCUACUCCCCCACGGGAGCUGGCCACCUCCUUGUCGGAGAUUCUGUCUGUCUGGAAGGCCUGCCAGGCAGCAGAUGCUCCCCCACCCCUCCAUCAGGCCUGGACCCACCUCUCAGACCUCCUCCCCAUGCUUUCUGCAUGCAGUUCUGCCCUCACUGAAGCACAGCUCUCACUGGUUCGCCGGGCUCUGGAGGACUCAGCCGCUUUGCUGCAGAGCCAGGCCCUUCCACCGUCAGGCCGGCCCCGCCUCCCGUCCCAGGAGUCCCUGUCUCGGAGACCGUUGCCCGCAUUACCUGUAGCUGAGGUGAAGCCCCUUAAUGUGGGGAUGGGUGGUCGCAAGGGCAGCUGGAUCCAGGAGAGGCCUCUUCCUCCCCCACCGCCUCCCUCCUUUCCCCUGCCCCCUGUGGCCCCUCCUCACCCAUGUUCUGAUGAAGAAGGAGAGGGAGAGGAGCUGGGGAACGAGUACGCAGGCAUCGGCCUCAGUGUCGCCCCACUGCCCUGCCCUGGAGGAGACAGCGUGGGAUACGUAAAGCUACAGGGGAAGCCCGAUCCGCCUCCAGUCAUUCAGACAUCGACCAACCCUCCUGUAACUGACCCCACCACGACAGAGCAGAGGUCAAGCCCUUCCCCACCACUCCCCGUCUCUCUCUCCCUGGAGGACUCCGAGCUGCUGGCCUUCUAUUCCUCCCAGAGCCUGUCUCACCUGUCCUGCUUGGCCGACUCCAUAGACGCCCUCUUCACCAGCGUGCAGGGGAACCAGCCACCGCGCGUCUUCGUUUCCCGGGGGAAGAGUCUGAUUGUGACGGCGCAUAAGCUGGUCUUCAUAGGAGACACGCUUUCUCGCCUGCUUACUUCUCCUGACCUUAGGACAAAGGUCACUACAUCUGGAGGUCGACUUUGUCAAGCCUUAAAGGCUGUUGUGGUGGCAACAAAGGGGGCGGCACAGAAUUACCCAUCAGCCCCUGCCACACAGGAAAUGGUGGACCGGGUAGCAGAGCUAUCCCAGCAUGCCGCGGGCUUCUCAGGGCUGCUGCAGAGGCUGGCGGAAAUAUCAUGAUUUAAUUUUUUCCCCACCUUUUUUUUUUAUGGUUUUGUUGAACUGUAGUAUUCUCAAUUGUGUGAUCUGGAAUGGGGUAACAUCUGUUUUAGUCCGCCAGAAGACAAUGGAUGAAUGGAAAAGUCUAGGAAAAAUCUCAGUUGUGUGUUUGUGUGAGUGUGCACAUCUAGGAAGGCGUGUCUGCAUGUUUGCGUGUACUAGUGCUGCGACAGCAGCAUCUUCUGCCCCAGUUAGAAACCAGGACCACGUAAGUGCAGGUACCUGGUGUGCUUGUUUCUUAUCUUAAUUUAUUUAUGUUAAUUAUCUGUUAAAUUUCUUAAUGUGAAUAUUUCAGCCUUUACUCUUUGGUGUGUUUCGAGCGCAGGCAUUAGCACAGCCUAUCUUCUGCCCUCGUUUGUCCCUCAGUCUCCAUCUGCACGUUUGUCCUUAUCAAAGCCACACUCUUUGCAGCUUUUGGUGCUGAAGGACACAGGGCUCUCUUUAAAUCAAUACAAGAAAAGGAGGCUAAUGACAAUUUUGCUAUACUGUUUUUAGGGUUGUUGUUGUUGUUAUUAUUAUUAUUCUUGUAUCCAUUGUCAUUUGCUGCCUUAAAGCUACAAAAAAUGUUCCCACAACUUGGCUGUUCCCCUGACAAUGGCUUUUGCUUUCUUCUAACCUGUCUUUGCCAUUGUGCUUCCUGAGAGAGAGAGAUAUGUUAGUGUUAGUUUGUGCUGGAGCCAUGUUUCUCAGUCAUGACUUUCCCACACUAGCAGUACCAAACUAAAACUUGUCACCUGGGUUUAUUUGUUCCUUCCUUACUGUCCCUUUCUGACGUGCGGUGCCACUUUACAAUAACCCUACCCUUAUAAAGGGUUUAUGAAUGGUUUAUAAUCAGGUUAUUAAUUAGGUUGUAACACUGAUAAAAUUGAUAGACAAUUUUAAACAAGUUAUGACAGUUUUCUUUUUAUUAAUAAGUUUACAAGUGGCAAACGGGAGCCUUAUUGUAAAGUGGUACCGACAUGUUCAGCCACGAUGAGAGAGACACUGUUCUUGCCUGCUCAGCUGUCCUGUUACCUGACACACAAUCAGUCUUCCCUCUAAUACUUGCUUUGCACGUCCCCUACACUUACACAAAGCGGCUCACUUUCUGUCCUCAUGGAUCAGCCACAUAAGCCGCCACCCUGAGUGAACAAUCGGCUGAUUUUCCUUGUGUCCUGCGCCACCUUUAUGCUGUGAUCCGAUUUUUAACGAUGGACUUUGGGGUGGAUGUCCAGCAGCAUCGGGCUUAAAUUCUCGUCAGCGAUACGUUUUUGCAAUGAUGUCAAAUCCUGGAGCCCGUCUACUGACUGUGUGGCUUUGCUGUGCAGCACCACCUAGUGGAACCUACUGGAAAAAUACCAUACUAAGACAACCCAUUGUUGAUAUAUAGCUUCGCCGAUGUGAAGCUUUGUGUGAGCCUCAUUGCCAAUCCCAUCUGCUUACUCCAGACCAUACAGCCUUAUAUACAAUGUUGCUUUUCAUUCUGAUUGUAACUCCCAUUACUCGAACAGACAAUUCUCUGCAUGGCUUUUGAGUUUUUUUCCCUAUAUAUGCACAUAUAACCAGGGAUUUUAAUGCAAUGAAUUUAUUAGCACAACAAUUAAAAUGUAAAAAAGUUACAGUGUCAUGCUGUAGCUUGUUUUGUACCAGAAUGUAUUUUUGACAAUUGUUCUGCUAUUUCAGGUAUUUGUUUUUGAUAUUUUUGUACACAGUAUUUAAAGUGGGUAUGGAAUGAAUGAGUCGUUUAGGAGCACAGAGUCCGACCGGGGAAUCUGUGAUCUCUAUCUGUGCAAAGCUGUCUGUUCUGAUAGGUGCCAAUGGGACUUUUUUUUUUUUUUUUUAAACAAUACACUACCCCGUUUUUAACUAAAAUACUGUCUGC